AUGGAGCUGAAGAUCCCCGGGACAGGCCCCCGCGCUGCCGCCGCCAUCACACCAACGAGAUAUCGGCGAGAGCGGCCCCGUAACCAUAGAAACUCCUCCACGCUUCCGCCGGAAACCGGAAGUGGGAGCUGCAGCGGCAGGGCCAUGGCCGCUCCCGCGGACCCGUCGCUGCUGUCGGCCGAACUGGAGGCGGACGACGGGGAGGACGAGGCGCUGCGGCGGCUUCUGCUGCAGGUGACACAGGACGACGAAGAGCCGUCCCCACCCACCGGCCCCUCCCGCGCCGUCACCCCGCAGCCAGGGUUCUGCGUGAAGACCCGCGCGGGGGGGGCCAAGGUGUUUAUCAAUGUUUGUCAUUCGGGAGAGGUGCCACCUCCCCCGCCGCUGUCCCCCCCCGGGCUGCGCCGCCUGCUCCUACGCGACCCACCCGGGGCCUUUCGCAUCCCCAUGAGCCUGGGGGAGCCCCAUGCCGAGCUGGACCGCAGUGGGCAGGGCUGCACAGCCUAUGAUGUGGUGGUGAAUUCGGAGUUCUUCCGCACGCUGCAGGCUGAUCCCCUGUACCGCGAGUUCUUCCUGACUGUGGCGAUGGAGGGGCUGUCGGAGAAGUAUGGGCUGGAGCUGGAGCUGACUGGCUGGCGGGUGCUGCGAAACCGCCGGUUCUUGGGUUCCAUCUCGGCCCAAAACAUCCGGACGCGGCCCCAGCCCCACAUCCAGGAGCUGGAGGACUCCCCCGCCCCCCCUCAGUACGUGGUGGUGGCUGAACCCUCGUCCCAACACCCACGGGUGCUGCAGACACGAGUGUUGCUUCCACAGGCCGCUGGGGCGGAGUCGCUGUGGCUGGGGCUGAGUGAGGAACGGCUGGUGCUGAAGGAGGAAGGGGGCGGCCCCGCCCUGCUGGAGCUGGGGCUGCCCCACCCCGCCGACCCCGCCCGCUGCCACGCCCACUUCCACCGUGGAACCAAGGUCCUCACUGUGACGAUGCCCCUGCAGGCCUGAAGUGGGGGGGACCGCCCCGGAUGGCUGGAUGCCUCCUGGACGCCUAUGUUCCCCCUCCCCACUUCCCUUUUUUGUACAAAAAUCUGCAAUAAAAGGUCAAUCAAA